AUGAUGGCAAAAACAACAAGGUUGAAGGGGGAGGCAGGAGAAAGUAGAGACGGUAGUUGGCGGCGAGGAGCUGCUCUGGUAGCCCCCUCGUCGAUUCUUUCUUCUUUUUCUAGCAACAUAUCUCAAAGAUGGAGGCAAAGAGGGACAAAUCGGAGAAACAUAACAGGUAAAGGGUGUUUGGUUGUUGUUGUUCGACCGGAAGGAAGAGAGACGAGAAAGAGAAGGGUCGCCGCCCUUUUCUUGUUGCUGGAGGAUCACCCACCUCCGGUGACUAAGCUAAUUAAUUGCUAUUUAGUGUCACUUGUGUUUCCACAUCAGCAAAACAUGUAUAAUCCGGUAAAAAUGAUCUAA